AUGGCAGUACCUGAAGACAUUGAAGCAAUUUCUGCAGCUCGUGUUAAUGGAUAUUUUGACCAAAUUGUGUUGGCGUUGCAACAAGAGGAGGAGGAGCAGCAGCAGCAGCAGCAGCAGCAACAAGAGGAGGAGGAGCAGCAGCAGCAGCAGCAGCAGCAGCAGCAACAAGAGGAGGAGGAGCAGCAGCAGCAGCAGCAGGAGCAGCAGCAGCAGCAACAAGAGGAGGAGCAGCAGCAACAAGAGGAGGAGCAGCAGCAACAAGAGGAGGAGCAGCAGCAACAAGAGGAGGAGGAGCAGCAACAAGAGGAGGAGGAGCAGCAACAAGAGGAGGAGGAGCAGCAACAAGAGGAGGAGGAGCAGCAACAAGAGGAGGAGGAGCAGCAACAAGAGGAGGAGGAGCAGCAACAAGAGGAGGAGGAGCAGCAACAAGAGGAGGAGGAGCAGCAACAAGAGGAGGAGGAGCAGCAACAAGAGGAGGAGGAGCAGCAACAAGAGGAGGAGGAGCAGCAACAAGAGGAGGAGGAGCAGCAACAAGAGGAGGAGGAGGAGCAGCAACAAGAGGAGGAGGAGGAGCAGCAACAAGAGGAGGAGGAGGAGCAGCAACAAGAGGAGGAGGAGGAGCAGCAACAAGAGGAGGAGGAGGAGCAGCAACAAGAGGAGGAGGAGGAGCAGCAACAAGAGGAGGAGGAGGAGCAGCAACAAGAGGAGGAGGAGGAGCAGCAACAAGAGGAGGAGGAGGAGCAGCAACAAGAGGAGGAGGAGGAGCAGCAACAAGAGGAGGAGGAGGAGCAGCAACAAGAGGAGGAGGAGGAGCAGCAACAAGAGGAGGAGGAGGAGCAGCAACAAGAGGAGGAGGAGGAGCAGCAACAAGAGGAGGAGGAGGAGCAGCAACAAGAGGAGGAGGAGGAGCAGCAACAAGAGGAGGAGGAGGAGCAGCAACAAGAGGAGGAGGAGGAGCAGCAACAAGAGGAGGAGGAGGAGCAGCAACAAGAGGAGGAGGAGGAGCAGCAACAAGAGGAGGAGGAGGAGCAGCAACAAGAGGAGGAGGAGGAGCAGCAACAAGAGGAGGAGGAGGAGCAGCAACAAGAGGAGGAGGAGGAGCAGCAACAAGAGGAGGAGGAGGAGCAGCAACAAGAGGAGGAGGAGGAGCAGCAACAAGAGGAGGAGGAGGAGCAGCAACAAGAGGAGGAGGAGGAGCAGCAACAAGAGGAGGAGGAGGAGCAGCAACAAGAGGAGGAGGAGGAGCAGCAACAAGAGGAGGAGGAGGAGCAGCAACAAGAGGAGGAGGAGGAGCAGCAACAAGAGGAGGAGGAGGAGCAGCAACAAGAGGAGGAGGAGGAGCAGCAACAAGAGGAGGAGGAGGAGCAGCAACAAGAGGAGGAGGAGGAGCAGCAACAAGAGGAGGAGGAGGAGCAGCAACAAGAGGAGGAGGAGGAGCAGCAACAAGAGGAGGAGGAGGAGCAGCAACAAGAGGAGGAGGAGGAGCAGCAACAAGAGGAGGAGGAGGAGCAGCAACAAGAGGAGGAGGAGGAGCAGCAACAAGAGGAGGAGGAGGAGCAGCAACAAGAGGAGGAGGAGGAGCAGCAACAAGAGGAGGAGGAGGAGCAGCAACAAGAGGAGGAGGAGGAGCAGCAACAAGAGGAGGAGGAGGAGCAGCAACAAGAGGAGGAGGAGGAGCAGCAACAAGAGGAGGAGGAGGAGCAGCAACAAGAGGAGGAGGAGGAGCAGCAACAAGAGGAGGAGGAGGAGCAGCAACAAGAGGAGGAGGAGGAGCAGCAACAAGAGGAGGAGGAGGAGCAGCAACAAGAGGAGGAGGAGGAGCAGCAACAAGAGGAGGAGGAGGAGCAGCAACAAGAGGAGGAGGAGGAGCAGCAACAAGAGGAGGAGGAGGAGCAGCAACAAGAGGAGGAGGAGGAGCAGCAACAAGAGGAGGAGGAGGAGCAGCAACAAGAGGAGGAGGAGGAGCAGCAACAAGAGGAGGAGGAGGAGCAGCAACAAGAGGAGGAGGAGGAGCAGCAACAAGAGGAGGAGGAGGAGCAGCAACAAGAGGAGGAGGAGGAGCAGCAACAAGAGGAGGAGGAGGAGCAGCAACAAGAGGAGGAGGAGGAGCAGCAACAAGAGGAGGAGGAGGAGCAGCAACAAGAGGAGGAGGAGGAGCAGCAACAAGAGGAGGAGGAGGAGCAGCAACAAGAGGAGGAGGAGGAGCAGCAACAAGAGGAGGAGGAGGAGCAGCAACAAGAGGAGGAGGAGGAGCAGCAACAAGAGGAGGAGGAGGAGCAGCAACAAGAGGAGGAGGAGGAGCAGCAACAAGAGGAGGAGGAGGAGCAGCAACAAGAGGAGGAGGAGGAGCAGCAACAAGAGGAGGAGGAGGAGCAGCAACAAGAGGAGGAGGAGGAGCAGCAACAAGAGGAGGAGGAGGAGCAGCAACAAGAGGAGGAGGAGGAGCAGCAACAAGAGGAGGAGGAGGAGCAGCAACAAGAGGAGGAGGAGGAGCAGCAACAAGAGGAGGAGGAGGAGCAGCAACAAGAGGAGGAGGAGGAGCAGCAACAAGAGGAGGAGGAGGAGCAGCAACAAGAGGAGGAGGAGGAGCAGCAACAAGAGGAGGAGGAGGAGCAGCAACAAGAGGAGGAGGAGGAGCAGCAACAAGAGGAGGAGGAGGAGCAGCAACAAGAGGAGGAGGAGGAGCAGCAACAAGAGGAGGAGGAGGAGCAGCAACAAGAGGAGGAGGAGGAGCAGCAACAAGAGGAGGAGGAGGAGCAGCAACAAGAGGAGGAGGAGGAGCAGCAACAAGAGGAGGAGGAGGAGCAGCAACAAGAGGAGGAGGAGGAGCAGCAACAAGAGGAGGAGGAGGAGCAGCAACAAGAGGAGGAGGAGGAGCAGCAACAAGAGGAGGAGGAGGAGCAGCAACAAGAGGAGGAGGAGGAGCAGCAACAAGAGGAGGAGGAGGAGCAGCAACAAGAGGAGGAGGAGGAGCAGCAACAAGAGGAGGAGGAGGAGCAGCAACAAGAGGAGGAGGAGGAGCAGCAACAAGAGGAGGAGGAGGAGCAGCAACAAGAGGAGGAGGAGGAGCAGCAACAAGAGGAGGAGGAGGAGCAGCAACAAGAGGAGGAGGAGCAGCAACAAGAGGAGGAGGAGCAGCAACAAGAGGAGGAGGAGCAGCAACAAGAGGAGGAGGAGCAGCAACAAGAGGAGGAGGAGCAGCAACAAGAGGAGGAGGAGCAGCAACAAGAGGAGGAGGAGCAGCAACAAGAGGAGGAGGAGCAGCAACAAGAGGAGGAGGAGCAGCAACAAGAGGAGGAGGAGCAGCAACAAGAGGAGGAGGAGCAGCAACAAGAGGAGGAGGAGCAGCAACAAGAGGAGGAGGAGCAGCAACAAGAGGAGGAGGAGCAGCAACAAGAGGAGGAGGAGCAGCAACAAGAGGAGGAGGAGCAGCAACAAGAGGAGGAGGAGCAGCAACAAGAGGAGGAGGAGCAGCAACAAGAGGAGGAGGAGCAGCAACAAGAGGAGGAGGAGCAGCAACAAGAGGAGGAGGAGCAGCAACAAGAGGAGGAGGAGCAGCAACAAGAGGAGGAGGAGCAGCAACAAGAGGAGGAGGAGCAGCAACAAGAGGAGGAGGAGCAGCAACAAGAGGAGGAGGAGCAGCAACAAGAGGAGGAGGAGCAGCAACAAGAGGAGGAGGAGCAGCAACAAGAGGAGGAGGAGCAGCAACAAGAGGAGGAGGAGCAGCAACAAGAGGAGGAGGAGCAGCAACAAGAGGAGGAGGAGCAGCAACAAGAGGAGGAGGAGCAGCAACAAGAGGAGGAGGAGCAGCAACAAGAGGAGGAGGAGCAGCAACAAGAGGAGGAGGAGCAGCAACAAGAGGAGGAGGAGCAGCAACAAGAGGAGGAGGAGCAGCAACAAGAGGAGGAGGAGCAGCAACAAGAGGAGGAGGAGCAGCAACAAGAGGAGGAGGAGCAGCAACAAGAGGAGGAGGAGCAGCAACAAGAGGAGGAGGAGCAGCAACAAGAGGAGGAGGAGCAGCAACAAGAGGAGGAGGAGCAGCAACAAGAGGAGGAGGAGCAGCAACAAGAGGAGGAGGAGCAGCAACAAGAGGAGGAGGAGCAGCAACAAGAGGAGGAGGAGCAGCAACAAGAGGAGGAGGAGCAGCAACAAGAGGAGGAGGAGCAGCAACAAGAGGAGGAGGAGCAGCAACAACAAGAGGAGGAGCAGCAACAACAAGAGGAGGAGCAGCAACAACAAGAGGAGGAGCAGCAACAACAAGAGGAGGAGGAGCAACAACAAGAGGAGGAGGAGCAACAACAAGAGGAGGAGGAGCAACAACAAGAGGAGGAGGAGCAACAACAAGAGGAGGAGGAGCAACAACAAGAGGAGGAGGAGCAACAACAAGAGGAGGAGGAGCAACAACAAGAGGAGGAGGAGCAACAACAAGAGGAGGAGGAGCAACAACAAGAGGAGGAGGAGCAACAACAAGAGGAGGAGGAGCAACAACAAGAGGAGGAGGAGCAACAACAAGAGGAGGAGGAGCAACAACAAGAGGAGGAGGAGCAACAACAAGAGGAGGAGGAGCAACAACAAGAGGAGGAGGAGCAACAACAAGAGGAGGAGGAGCAACAACAAGAGGAGGAGGAGCAACAACAAGAGGAGGAGGAGCAACAACAAGAGGAGGAGGAGCAACAACAAGAGGAGGAGGAGCAACAACAAGAGGAGGAGGAGCAACAACAAGAGGAGGAGGAGCAACAACAAGAGGAGGAGGAGCAACAACAAGAGGAGGAGGAGCAACAACAAGAGGAGGAGGAGCAACAACAAGAGGAGGAGCAACAACAAGAGGAGGAGCAACAACAAGAGGAGGAGCAACAACAAGAGGAGGAGCAACAACAAGAGGAGGAGCAACAACAAGAGGAGGAGCAACAACAAGAGGAGGAGCAACAAGAGGAGGAGCAACAAGAGGAGGAGCAACAAGAGGAGGAGCAACAAGAGGAGGAGCAACAAGAGGAGGAGCAACAAGAGGAGGAGCAACAAGAGGAGGAGCAACAAGAGGAGGAGCAACAAGAGGAGGAAGAGAAGGAAGAUGAGGAAGAAGAGGAGGAAGAGGAAGAAGAGGAGGAAGAGGAAGAAGAGGAGGAAGAGGAAGAAGAGGAAGAGGAAGAAGAGGAGGAAGAGGAAGAAGAGGAGGAAGAGGAAGAAGAGGAGGAAGAGGAAGAAGAGGAGGAAGAGGAAGAAGAGGAGGAAGAGGAAGAAGAGGAGGAUGAGGAAGAAGAGGAGGAUGAGGAAGAAGAGGAGGAUGAGGAAGAAGAGGAGGAUGAGGAAGAAGAGGAGGAUGAGGAAGAAGAGGAGGAUGAGGAAGAAGAGGAGGAUGAGGAAGAAGAGGAGGAUGAGGAAGAAGAGGAGGAUGAGGAAGAAGAGGAGGAUGAGGAAGAAGAGGAGGAUGAGGAAGAAGAGGAGGAUGAGGAAGAAGAGGAGGAUGAGGAAGAAGAGGAGGAUGAGGAAGAAGAGGAGGAUGAGGAAGAAGAGGAGGAUGAGGAAGAAGAGGAGGAUGAGGAAGAAGAGGAGGAUGAGGAAGAAGAGGAGGAUGAGGAAGAAGAGGAGGAUGAGGAAGAAGAGGAGGAUGAGGAAGAAGAGGAGGAUGAGGAAGAAGAGGAGGAUGAGGAAGAAGAGGAGGAUGAGGAAGAAGAGGAGGAUGAGGAAGAAGAGGAGGAUGAGGAAGAAGAGGAGGAUGAGGAAGAAGAGGAGGAUGAGGAAGAAGAGGAGGAUGAGGAAGAAGAGGAGGAUGAGGAAGAAGAGGAGGAUGAGGAAGAAGAGGAGGAUGAGGAAGAAGAGGAGGAUGAGGAAGAAGAGGAGGAUGAGGAUGAGGAUGAGGAAAAGUACGAGGUCGAUGUCGAUUUGUGA